AUGGCCCAGCCGUCGGUUGAUAGUUCCGCUUUCUCGUGCAAGUCGUUGGCGAAAGCGAUCAACGAAGGCCGAACCGAAGCGCACGAGCACGAGACUAAGCUGGAAGAAAACCCCUCUGUCUUUUCAGGUCUCGUCACGGCGUCGUGGUACGCGCCGUCAGAGGCGUUGACCUCGUCAACGGAAACCACGCCGGUCAACGUUGACCUCGUCGCCUCGUCGGACCUCUCGGAUUCGUCCGUCGCUUCGACGCUUUCCAGCUCCGGCGACUCUGCCGCUGCUGUCGCUAAAUCCGCAAAACCGGUGCCCGCUACUGUCCACGCGCCUCCCGCCGCUCCCCGCGCCGCUGCUACACCCGUUGCCCCGCGUGCGUGCCGUCGGCCGGUCGUGCUGAGCGCGUACGACGGCGUGCUCGACCCCGACCUGUUCGAGGCAACGGGCGAGUUGGGGCGCGGCGGGUUCGGCACCGUGGUGGCGAUGCGGCGAGUGGAGAGCGGCGAGGUGGUGGCGGUGAAGCGCGUGGCGCGCAAGCAGCUGGUGGCGGCGUCGAACGAGGCGAUGCUGUCGGCGUCGCUGAGCGAGUGCCCGGGCGUGCUGGGCGUGCGCGAGGUGCAUCUGGCCGACCACCACGCGUACAUGCUCUCCGAUGUCUGCCACGGCGGCGACCUCCGCGCCCUGCUGCAGCGACGCAAGGCUGCCGCCAGCGACAACGCGGGGGACGCGGGGAAAGGCAAGGGGAGGCGGUGCGCAGAGCCGGCGGGGUAUGGGCGCGCAGCUGACGUGUGGUCGCUGGGGGUGACGCUGUACGAAAUGAUUGCGGGCGAGCGACCUUACUCAGGGGAGGCGCCUCAGCAGGGCGAGUGGCGGGCGUGUGUGGAGGGGGCUGCGUGGGAGGGCGUGUCUGAGGAAUGUCGCGCGCUGGUGAGCGGCAUGCUGAGAGUGCGCGUGGAGGAGAGGCUCACCAUGGCGCACGUGUGCAACCACCUCGCCAUGAUCCGCGCCUUCGGGGGCAGCGGGGGGAGCAGCGCGGGGAAGAGCACGAGUGGCAGGUGGUGGUGA